AUGGCCUCGAGACGGAUAGUGUCAUCCGAGAAGAGCAUCUUAGAGAAGGGUGACAUUGAUUUCAAGCCAAAGGAUGGCGAGAAGAGCGAUAUUGGUCCGGCUGUCCCAGCGCAUGUGAUAUAUAAGCUCUUGGGCUUCACGGCGGCGAUGGUAGUUGGCCCUAUUGGCAGCUAUUUUAUCACUUUAAACCUCGUUUUUGGAGGCAACUCGACCUAUGCCGGUGCUCUUGCUGCGAUUAUGGCAAAUGUGGUCUUGAUAGGCUAUGUGAUUGUGGCUUUCAGGGAGGACCAGAGUGAGGCUAUUGAGGCUGCGGAGAAGGAGAGAAAGGGGAAGUGA